AUGAAUUAUUCCCGAGAUUGGGAUAAGAUGAGAUCAGAGCCCUUUUUCACUAACAGAGAAUUUGCAUACGACGCUUUCAAGUAUUGGUAUGCGGUAUUUGGAGGCCUCAACUUUUUGCUAAAUAUGUAUUUUGUAAUUCGAAUUUUCAAAACAACCAUCUUGCAUAUCAAUUUCAGGAUUUCAGUGGUGAGUUUAUUGCUUGUUCAAAAAUUUUCAUAAUUCAUCAGUUAAUAAAUAGCUUAAUCUUCAGUGUAACACAGUGAUCUCGUUGGAAUUUAUGCAUAUAACUUUAAUGGCGGGAACCUACUACAACGACCUUACCAUUCAUUUGGAGAAUCGGUUUUAUGUAAAUAUUGGGUGCGCUUUCCUCGCCUUACUAAAUAAUAUUGCCUCAGCCAGUGGUGCUAUUAGUAUGUUUAUGCUCGCGUUAGAGCGACAACUCGCUCAUAGAUGGGUCAAUGUCUACGAAGACAAACCGCGAACUCUGGGAUGUGCCUUAGGCAUGCUUGUGGUAAGUAAGAUCGUCAAAGAGUUAUUAGGCAGUUUUAGGUGAUACAAAGCACAACUAUUGGGCUGGUGGCAUGGUACUUCUUUUUAUUUUAUUUGGAAGAUUUCGAUGUCCACGCAUCAAGGAUCAGUUGUAUUCCAACGCAUUUGCAUUGGGAGUGGGAGGUGGGAGGAUUCGUGUUGGCGACUGGGUCUUGUUUGUUGGGGGCUGUGGUAAGCAAAAGCCUUUGUCAGUUGUACUUAUUUACAAGGGAAUACACAUAUUUCUUAAAAUUUAGCCAUGUGCUUUAUAGCGAAUUUGAGAAAUUGAUUGAAAUGAGGCGAAAAAAAAGAUUGACAAUAGAAAAACUGCAUGUUUUGCUGACGUUUAUGUCCAUUUCCUUCGAAUAAUUGCAUAUUGUCACCUUAUUCUUCCCACAGUUCUUUCCAAACGCUAAUUAAUGGUCUGGAAAGCCUUGAAUCCGAUUUUGAAGUCUUGGCUAAUUUUAACCUGCCCUAAUUUACGCUACAAUCGUGCUUUAGCGCUAACUCUAAAGUCUUAUGAUUCGGUUGAAGGCUGAUCUUCAGGACCUUUUUUUAGUGGUUCUGUGCACUCAAACGGAACACAAGCCGAGAUCGUCGGGAUCGUCUAAGUCUGAGGAGUCUCAGCGCUCGCUAUCAAGCCACUGAGAACUCGUACACCACAGCCUCGAUCGCCCCUUCCAUGGUCAUGUACACAUUUGGAGCGAUUCUAGGGAUGGCGGUCGGAUUUUAUCGAGGUCAUUUGGUCGGUAUUUACGGGGAAAAUACAAUCAUGUCAAAGUUUCUGGGAGACGUAAGUUGUUUAAUUAUAAUGUGAGCUUAUGACAUGUGGGAUAAACACAUGCUAUUAUGACCGAAAUAGAACAAGGCACAGUGUUUUCUUGAUGACAUAACACCUUUUUUUAAAUAGCGAUUACUCAAAAUUCAUUUUUUUAAGAUUGGAUUUCUGUUUGUGGAUAUAUACGCGCUCUGUCAUUUACUGUGCAUUUUGUGUUACAAUCCGAUGAUUCGGAAUGCCAUUAAAAAAGAUUUCGAUAAAUUAAUUUGCAAUGGAGGGACUCGGACUGCGGCCAAGACUGACUACACACAUGAAACGGAAAUUUAUUUUGAACAGAUCAAGGAUGCCUGGGCAUAA